AUGGCGGCCGCUGCCUGCGGUCCUCGCGGCUGUCCGAGGACUAAUUCAGCCAAACCACACAAAGAACACCUACGAAAAAGCCGGGAUUCCCGUCGCAGACAAGCAGCGCUGUUGUUUCUCACCAAUAUAUCUUUGGACGGUCGACCGGUUUACAACCUAAGCAACGGAAUCGUUGGCCCCAGGGAAGGCGAGAGCCGGUGUGUGGAUGUCGGCGCGUCGGCGGUGACGGGUCCCCCUCUGUCGAUAACCAGCAGCUACGGAACCUUCACCCAAGUGUCAUCCUCCAUCAGCGGGGGAGCUGUGACCCCUCUACCGAGGACUAACACGUACCCUGCUCCUCUGAGCCCUCUUUCAGCAUUUAAUCAAGGGAGCAGCGACGUUUUCACGGAGGAUGGACGAACAGAUCCUUUGUCAGUCCAGGCACCUCCGCUUUCACCGACCUCUGGACCGCUGAAUCCGGUUUUAGCAUCCAGUAAAUCACCCAGCCAAUUCCCGGGCUCUAAUCCUGUGCCUGAUCCCCGCCAAAGGACACGUAACCUGUCUGGGUCUCCAGGGCCAAAGGUUUCCAAGAAGGUGCAUUUCAUCAAGAAUAUGAGACAGUAUGAUACUCGAGGGAGCAGGGUUGUGCUGAUCUGUGCCAAGAGAUCCCUGUGUGCUGCUUUCUCUGUAUUGCCCUAUGGAGAGAGUUAUCACAUCAGUGACUCUAAACUAGAAGCCCAAAGACAGAGACACUCUUCUGGUGGUGGAGUUGAUAUGGUCCCUGGACUGGAGGGAGUGGAAGUGGACUUUGGAAAGACGGUAUCAUAUGCCCGAUUUCUGCUUCCAACCAAUGCCUUGGUCAGGCAGAAGAGCAGCGGUCCACCAGACAUCAGUACAGCUCAGACGACAAUGUCUCGCAACCGUAUUAAUGGGCAGAAGAACUUCACACCUUCACGAAUCAACAGCACAGUUGGACAAGAUGCUGGUGUAUUACAUGGUGUGGACGAGCUAUCAGACUAUGACCCCAACUUACUCAGUGACCCCCAGUGGCCUUGUGGGAAGCACAAGCGAGUCUUAAUUUUUGCAUCUUAUGUGACAACGGUUAUUGAGUAUGUGAAACCGUCUGACUUAAAGAAAGACAUGAACGAGACAUUCAAGGAGAAAUUUCCUCACAUAAAGCUGACACUCAGCAAAAUCAGAAGUUUGAAAAGGGAGAUGCGCUCGGUGAGCGAGGAGUGUGGCCUACAGCCGGUUACCAUAGCGAUGGCUUAUGUUUACUUUGAGAAGCUGGUUCUGCAAGGGAGGCUAAACAAGCACAACCGAAAGCUGGUGUCUGCCGCGUGCGUUUUAUUAGCUGCCAAGAUCAGCAGCGACCUCAAGAAACAAGAGGUCAAGCAACUAAUCGAUAGGUUGGAGGAGCGUUUCCGAAUAAAUCGCAAGGAGUUGAUUUCCCUGGAGUUCACGGUUCUGGUUGCCUUGGAGAUGGCACUCUACCUCCCAGACAGCAAGGUCAUGCCUCACUAUCGCAGACUGGUGCAGCAGGGCUGAAAUGGAGAGGGUCCUUAAAGGGACAGUUCACCCAAAAAAUUAAAAUUCUGUCAUCAUUUACUCACCCUGAUGUUAUUCAAAAUCUGUUUGGCGUUCUUUAUAUUGCAGAACUCAAAAGAAGACAUUGUGAACAUGUUGGUAACCAAACUGUUUGGUUGUAUGGACGCAUAAGAAAAGUUUUUUAAUAAUAUUGGUAACCGUUGGUACUUUUACCAUCGGCUUCCACUGUAUGGACAAAAACACUGAAAUCUUUCUCAAAAUAUCUUCUUUUACUGUAUGCUCUGGGAAAAAAACUAAGUUGUAUAAGUUUGGAGGGUGAGUAAAUGAUGACAGAAUUUUCAUUUUCGGGUGCACUGUCCCUUUAAGAGCUGCCUGUAUAUAUGAGAAACAACGCUCUUGUCUUUUGGCAGUUUUGGAAGGUUAUUUCUAUUAUUUAUUGAUUAUUGAGAUCAGUGGAUAGAUAACUUUCUCUCAGCUAUGUCCAGUGGUCUCGGCACUCCAUCUUCACUUGUUUACGUCCUUCAUGAAACUGAUUUUAUAAAUCAAACACAUUUAGGGAAAGGCUUACUUUAAGCACUGAUCAUUUAUUUCUUUUUAUUAUUUUUUAAUAACACAAAUGCUUAUUAACCACCAUUUAUCAAAGCUUUUUCUUAUGCACCACUUUAUUUAUGCAAUAUUUUAUUUAUGGACCUUAAUUUUAUUGGAAUUCAUAAUUUAUGAAUACUGAAUAUAUUUUUAAUGACUCUUCAUAUAGGUGUUUUUUUUCUUUUUUUCCCUUUUUCCCUUUUUAAGGAGUUUUGGGGUAUGUGUGGCAUUCCGAUGCGUAUCCAGCCAGGCACUCUAUGUUAGAGAUGACAUUUAACGGCACAUUAAUUGUGCUUUUAUUUCUCUCUCUCUCUCUCUCUUUUUUUAGUCAUCUAACAUUCACCAACUAGAAUGUGGUUUUAAAAGUGAUAUGUUCCACAAUGAAUUUUAGGUAGUGUUGAAUGUACAAGUCUUUUGAAUAUGUGAGUGCCAUUUUAAACAGUUAAUCAAAUGUUUCGAAAAACUGAACUGUUUACCACUUGUCUUUUCUUAUAGAUGCAAGUGUUUUGUCUUGACACAAGUCUGGUUUUCUCAGUUUAAAUGCACAGCUGUGACAAGUACAGUGAUGAAAUGUUUAAUUUUUAGCAUCCUACUGUGUCCUAUUUAUCUUAUGUGCAACACAGCACGUUUCAAACAGUACAGUAGGUUUAACAAAUAACUCCACACCUGUAUAUUAAACUGUUGUGUAUUUGGUCACAGAGGAAAUGCCACCUCUUUGACCGAGUGAGUCUGUUUUGUGUUGUGCAGUGUUGAAUAUGACCUAACCUUUCUGAAUCUUCGUGGUUAGUGUUCAUACAAUAUCGUCUUAUAUUAUUCUUUGGAAAUGUUUAUACACCAUAGCUGUGGCCCGUGUUUACUUUCAGAAACUGGACAGUAUCACAGUGUGUAGCAUUGCCAGAAUAUGCAACAUUGUUUUUACAUCCGAUUUCUGUAGCCACAUUAUUAUUUUUUUGGACUGAGAAGCAGAAGCACAUAGCUACCAUCUAGUGGUGGUCUUUUUAACAAGAUAGCUCUGUAUGUGCAUUUGCUUCUUUCCCUCAGGGAUUCAGACUGGUUGAAAUUCACAUUGCCGAGACAAAUGAUCAACCAUGAGAGGGUAAUUGAAUUGGAGAGAACUGUGGGUAAUCAUACAUCACUAUUCCUUCAAAGUGUAAAUCUUCACUGAGCGUUGAAGAAUGAAGUGCCUUUUCUAUUACAUUUGUCAGUACUGUUCUGCCGCCAUACCGUUUUUCACAGAUCUUGCGUGUUUUAAUCUUUUUGAUACAGAGUAAUCACACACCUCAACACAUUAUGAAUGUGAAAACCAUGUGGCGUGUUGAUUGAAAUCUCACUAUAUGUGAAUACAUUCACUCCUGUGAUACUGUCACAGAAGCUUUGAGGAGAUGGAACGGUACAAGCACUGUGAGGGAAUCCUGUGACCUUCUGCAUGAAAAUACUGUGUUUUUUUGUGAGCGUGUUUGUGUCUGAAUUUCCAAAAGAUUUAUUUUUCAAAAUUGUCUAUUUUAGCAGAAUGAUGUGAGGAUAGUUUGCACUGCUUGAUUCAACGCCAACAGGGUUAACACUGAACCAAAAACCACUGUAUGUUGGUGUUUAUUGGGCUGUGUGAGCUAGGCUUUAGUUUGGACUGAACUGAUCACAGGGUCCUAUCUGUUGUGCUGUGUAGAUGCUGUGUUUUGUCGUUUUUUUUCUAUUUGCAUUUAUAAAGAUGUUUUUAAUUGUU